CCUCCACUGUCAGGACACCUCCACUGUCAGUACAGGAAGUGACUAUUCUGACGAACACGUUUUUUUCCCAGCCCACCGAAGGACUCGUCUGAUGGUUUUUGCAAAUCAGUAAGCUGAGGGAUUAGUGGCCUUACCUGAUGACACUGCUCUCUUUGGUGGCUUCUUCAACCAGUACGGUCCUCUCAUCGGUCUGAACCUCGAUGACCCCAGCUGGCAGCUCUUUGAGACUACAGGAGUGUUCAGAGGAUCUAAAGGUAUACAACACUCUUUUACAGUCAUUCUCUCCCUGAGACUGAGGGUGAAAAGAAGAGGGCAUUACACAAACCCCUCAGUGUGAAAGGAGCUCAGUGUCUCUCCUCAUCAUGACUGGAUCUGCACUCCUGAUUCUUGCGGCCCUUGUUGGAUCCUGCAUUCAGUUUACAGGUGCUAUCAAUGAUCGAAAAAAUGACCUAUCAACAGAGCAGGCAGAAACAUACAUGCCGCUACUCUGCUCACCAACACCCGACCCCUUAUCCCCAUCCUCUUCAGUUCAUACUCUCAGACCGGGUGAUAUCUCAGCUGUUUAUGUCUUGGGAACUCCAAUCUCACACAGUGAUGAAGCAUCCCGAGUAGUCAAGAGAGUUGCUGAGCUGCUGUCCAUGUUUAACCCUGAAGUUAUCACACAACAUGUGGAGCAGACCUCACAGCAGCCCAGAAACUUGUUGGAGGAAGCUGAGGAACUGUCUCUAUCCCUUUCAAAUCAGGUGAUGGAUUGGAAUCUUGUGCUGCUGUUUGUCUCGGCAGAUUCCCUGUGUGCCUGUUCACCACAUGUGGCUGCAGAUGUUAACGCUGUUGUGCAGGAAGUAAAAGCAGCUCUCCAGUUGUUGGAGAAAAGGUUAUAUCACACUUUAGUUCAUGUUGUCGUCUGGAGCACAAAUCAUCUGCAGGACAAUUGUGAGUGUAUGAGCGAUGAAAGCAUAAACCAGAGACUACACAAAGCAACUCUUUUGAAAACACUUCAGGACUCUCUUGGUCAUGUUUUGGAAAAUCCAAAGUGGCACAGUAAAAGGGAAGACUUCACCGCCGUGCUGCAGUCUACACCAGUCAUCCUUGAACCUAUCUCAGAAUUUGAGAAAACAGUUUCUGAAUCAAACCAGUUAGCUAUUCAGCUGUGGACUAACCUGCUUCAGCCUUCCACAAAUGAGGCAGAGGUCAUGGACACAAGCAUCUUUACUAUUCCUUGCCCUACCCAGCAACGACCUUUCCUGCGGACACAGAACAAUUCCCCUACUGAAACAGAGGGCAAAGUUUACAGCAAAUCUUCUACACUUAUAGAUCCUGUUAUGGGGACUAAGAUACUUUGUACAGACCGCAGUUCAUCUCCCACCACACCCACUUCAGUUCAUGAACUCAGACCUGGAGAUAUCAAGGUGGUGGCAGCAGUAGGCGACUCUCUUACAGCAGCCAAUGGUGUGGGUGCAAAGACAGACAACCUUCUGUUAGUGAUUACUGAGUACAGAGGACUUUCAUGGAGCAUUGGUGGUGAUGGAAACAUUACCACUGUGACCACCCUGCCAAACAUCCUGAGGGAGUUUAACUCCAACCUGACCGGCUUCUCAGAGGGAGAAGGUGAUGAAAACUCUCCGACAGCCUUCCUCAACCAGGCAGUGACAGGAGCCAAGAGUAGUGACAUGGUGCAACAGGUGCGUGUCCUAGUGGACAAAAUGAAAAAUGAUCCGGGUAUUGAUUUCCAUAACGACUGGAAAGUGAUCACCAUGUUUAUUGGUGGCAAUGACCUAUGUGACUUCUGCAAAGACAGCGUUUUUUUCUCACCCAGAAAUGUCAUCAGUCGUAUUAGACAAGCUCUGGACAUUCUCCAUAAAGAAGUGCCUCGUGCCAUCGUCAAUCUGAUAGAGCUGUUAAACAUUGUACCAUUGCGUGAUCUUCACAAAGAUAAAUCGUUGGGCUGUCCUACCUGGCUUGUAAGUAUAAUCUGCCCGUGCAUACUGAAGCCUAAAGAUGGAUCCUCUGAAAUCAAGAAGGUCAAUGAGUUCAAUGAGGCCUACCAGCUUUCCAUGAGAGAGCUCAUAGACUCCGGUCGGUAUGACACACACGACAACUUCACUGUGGUGCUGCAGCCUUUCCUAAGAGAGAUAUACCUGCCUAAGUUAGAGGAUGGGCGUCCUGACCGCUCAUACUUCUCCCCCGACUGUUUUCAUCUCAGCCAGAGAGCUCACACUAUCAUGGCUAAGGGUCUUUGGAACAACAUGUUAGAGCCAGUGGGCAACAAGACCUUUAGACAAGACUUCUCCGCUGCCAUUGAUCUGAAGUGUCCCUCUGAGACCAACCCAUUUUUUAGGACUGCUGUCAACAGCGACUACACCUAUCCAGGCCCUCCCCCCACCCCUGCUCCUAUUAAAAACUGGGGCAGGGACUUUUCCUGUGUUAACACAGCUCCAUCCAACUCCGUGCCCACUUCAGCUCACAGGAUACGACCAGCUGACGUCAAAAUAGUGGCUGCUGUGGGAGACUCUUUAACGACCGCUUUUGGGGCAAAGGCAAAGAAUCUUCUCCAGCUAAGAACUGAGUACACUGGGGUGUCAUGGAGCAUUGGAGGAGACAAAACACUUGAGACUGUCACAACAUUACCCAAUAUACUUAAGAAGUUCAAUCCUGAAAUCAAAGGAUUUUCAAAGGGAGUAGGGAAAAGGCAGACUGCCUUCAACAUGGCCGUAUCAGGAGCCAAGAUAGCGGGAAUCCCAGGGCAAAUCAGGAAGCUGAUUGACACCAUGAAGAAUGACACCACGGUGGAUUUUGAGAAUGACUGGAAGCUGGUGACCCUCUUCAUCGGAGGCAAUGACCUGUGUCAGUACUGCAAUGACCGGGCCACUCUGUCACUUCAGAACUACAGCCUUCAUAUGAAGACAAGCUUGGAUAUGUUUUACCAAGAGGUUCCCAAGAUAAUUGUCAACAUCGUGGAGAUCCUAGAAAUGGAAGGCCUUCGCAAGAUCAAAAAGGAUAGUCUUGGGUGCAGUGUGUUACAACCGUUGGUCUGCCCGUGCUUCUUGCAAACAACAGAGGAUUCCCCAGAGCUGGCUGAAAUAAAACGUUUCAAUCGGGAUCUACAGUUUGAGACAGAAAAUGUUGCGUAUGGUGGGGGCUAUGAUGAUAGAGAAGACUUUGCUGUGGUUGUGCAGCCCUUUUUUAAGAACACUAUCAUUCCUAUGAAUGCUGAAGGCAGACCUGACACCACUUACUUCUCUGUGGACUGUUUCCACUUCAGUGAGAGGGGACAUGCUGACAUGGCUUCAGCUCUGUGGAAUAACAUGUUGGAGCCAGUGGGUAGAAAGCAGACAUACAACAAUUUCACAAAUGCAAGAAAUAACAUCAAGUGCCCGACUGAGGAGCAUCCUUACAUCUUCACAAAGGUGAACAGCUUGCCCAGUCCAGCCACCACCACCACCACCACCACCACCACCACCACCACUACAUCACCCACUGCUCACAGCACAGCCCUGCCUCCCCCCUUUGAAUGCACAAACACCGUGCCAGUGUGGCUUGCUGCUGUGCUGGCUGUUACAGGUCUUCUGAUUGGCUGGGCUGUCACCUGGCUCCUGCUCUGCUGCAGAGACAAGAGAAGCAAGAAGAAGAUGACAGCUGUGGAGAUGAAAGGCACUGGGUUUUAAAUGCUACUUUUUUCUUUGCACUGGACUAUUCAAGGAGUCAAGGAACUACCAAACAACUUUUCCGUUAACCAUGUCUGCUUUAAAUAGAAAAGUUAAAUAUUGUCCUGUAACCACAGACAAUCUUAGUGGAUGCAAAGGUGGUAUAGGCAGACCAGUCUGGACAGAAUUAUGCUUCAUUAAAAGUCCUGCAUUCAAACACCACUAAAGCGCAAGGCAUGGACUUAAUGAGACAAUGCAGCCACCGACUACUACUAAUUUAAAUAAGUAGAUUUCAUAUGCAAAAGUAAAGUGUGAAAUUACUGGCUACACAUUAACUUAUUACUGCUGUUAUAUAUUUAAUUGUAUUAAAAGGGUUGAGAGGUAGAUGGUAUUGUUUGAUGUACAAAGUGUUAAGCCCCUUCAGGUAAAUGUGCAAUUUGUAAUGUUGGGCUCUAUAAAAAUGUACUUGACCUGACUUAAAAUGGAAAUGUAUUAUUAUGUACCAGAAUGUUAAAAUAAAAGUUGUGCAGCACAAUCUUAGCAGAUGUAAAUACGAAUUAAACAUGUGGCAAUUAUGUGCAUGAUAACUAACUUGGAAAUAAAAUCAAAUGUGUUAUAUCCUCUUUUUUAUUUCAAUGUCUUCGCUUGUAAUAAUUGUA